CAUGGAGAGAGCGCAAAUCUGGUUCGAGUGGGGGCAUUACCGGCCCAUGGUUACCCUGCAUUUUGAUCGUCAAACCAGCUAAUUUUCUACAAAGUAUAUUCCAUAAAGCGCUCUUUCUGGUCAUUUCUUCUCCUAUUAUUCAAAUAGCCGGUCUUUUCCUUCCAUCUCGGGUUUAUACUACCGUCUUUUCUUGCCCGCAUAGUUGCCACCAAUGGCAUGAUUCGUCGGAUAGGUGCGAUCUGCACGUCACCAGCCCGCUUCUCUUGUUAUUCGCAUUCUUAUUGGGGAACUCUGUACAGUCUAUAGCCCUAUGGUGCAUCGAGCAGGCUCGUUUUUCUUCAAUAUACACGUGUCAACACAAGGAUUUGGCAGAGUAUCAUACUAAACCGCGCGACUCAGGCAGGUAUACCUGCUGUAUAUAUAAUAUGGCACAACCACAGAACCCUGGUUUUAAACCAUUGGAGUACUGGAAACCACCAAAACCUGUGCGGCAUUUUCGUUCAGCCAGCAAAACCCUUUCUGUGAUACUUCCAAAGAUCGGAAUACCUACAAGUAAAGUAGUUUACUCACCCUCGGUUUACUCUUCAUACCCGAAAUCUUUAAAUCCGGACCUAGACGACAAGCAGAUAUCCAUUUCAACAGUAGAAAUGGCAAAGGAAUACGAUAACCUGAACUCUCAAAAACGGCCAUGGUACGAUGCCAAGGGAUGGGGCAAAAAGGCGUGGAUUGGAAUCUUUAUAGCGUUUGUAAUCAUAGUUAUCGUAGUGGUGGUGCCUUCGGUCGUGGUGACGAGGAACAAUCGAUACCCAGACUAUACAAGGUUAAAUUAUACCUUGACAGACACCUGUAAGUAAUCUCUUGUAUUUUGCCUUCAUUCACUGAUCAAACGAAAGACUCUGGAGAAAACUUCUUUGACAACUUCAACUAUUUCCCUGGCCCAGAUCCUACUGAAGGCUUCGUCAAAUAUGUGGAUCAGGCUACGGCACAACAAUACAAUCUGACCUAUGCUUCUUCUCGGUCGUCGGUUAUUCGAGUUGACACUACUUUAACAAACACUUCCAGUGUUCCCAAUACUUCAACCGGUCGUAUGUCCAUUCGGCUUUCUUCCAAGAAACAAUUCGGCAACAACAACCUCUUCAUUUUCGACGUUAAACACACCCCACUUGGCUGCGCUGUGUGGCCAGCUCUCUGGCUCACAGAUGACAACAAUUGGCCUGAUAAUGGAGAAAUUGAUUUGUAUGAGGCCAUAAACGUGAUUGGUGAUCACCCCAACCAAAUCACGUUGCAUACGACAAAAGGAUGUGUAAUGAAUGUGAAGCGCAAGCAAACCGGGAAAGCUCUACAAAAAACCUGUCUCAAUAGCACCAACGUGAACGCAGGCUGUGGUGUCGACCCAGGGCCAGUGACAUUUGGUCAAACCUACAACAACGAUGGAGGCGGAAUCAUGGCAAUGGAGCUGCGACGUGAAGGCAUAAGGGCGUGGCAAUUCCGUCGUUCGAGCAUUCCUUCCGACAUUACCAACGGAAACCCAGACCCCAGUACCUGGGGAACAGCAACGGCGGAUUUCCCUAGCACCAAUUGUGAUAUCAAUACCCAUUUCCGCAACCAGAGUAUCAUCCUUAAUAUUUCCCUCUGCGGGACUUGGGCAGGUCGUGACUAUUACAAAUCCGCAGAUACUUGUGAGUCAGAACUCUCUAUUUAUAUCUCUAAGAGUUACUAAUAUUAAUAAUAGGCCCUGGUUCUUGCGAGGAUCAUGUCGCAGCCAAUAACACCGCCUUCAGAGACGCCUAUUGGGAAUUUGGCACUUUCUCUGUCUACAAUAGUGGUUCUCGAUGAAGUUGUCUA